AUGAAAUCAAUAUUAUUAUUAGCUUUGCUAUCGAUAGCCGCCGCCGCCGUCGCUGCCGAUGACUAUGUUUUUGACUACAGUGACGAUGACUACCGUGCGGUGGCCAACUCACGUAACUUUACCGGUAAGGUUGUACUGGUGACCGGUUCGAGUUCGGGCAUUGGCGAAGGUAUUGUCAAACUAUUUUCGGUUUUGGGCGCCCGCGUAGUGGUCACCGGCCGUAAAGAGGCCGACGUUCAUCGUGUGGCUCAAGAAUGUCAACGAUUGUCACCCAAUAAGCUAAAGCCAUUGGAAGUGGUCGCCGAUCUGACCAAAAGCGCCGAUUUGGCCACUUUGUUGAACCAAACAAUCAAAACGUUUGGCAAACUGGACGUAUUGGUCAACAAUGCGGGCAUAUAUCCAGCAACCUUUAUUGAUCAAAAAAAUUUGCUACAAGUAUGGGAUCAGAUAUUCAAUAUUGAUUUGAGAACCGUUGUCGAGCUUAUCCAUCUGGCCGUUCCCUAUCUGGAAAAAACUAACGGUACAGUAAUAGACAUAUCCAGUAUCGCAGCUACAGCACCGAUGCUCGGCUCUCUGGCCUACAAUUCAGCCAAAGCCGGCUUAGAUAUGUUGGCCCGAGUGUUGGCACUGGAGUUGGGACCCAAAGGCAUACGGGUUAACUCAUUAAAUCCCGGUGCCACACGGGUUCAAUCGUGGACCGAUAUUCCCGAUAGUAUUAUUAAGGCAACACCAUUGAAACGUAUUGGCGAACCGCUAGAUAUGGCCAAAGGUGUGGCCUUUUUGGCCUCAACUGAUGCCUCAUUUAUUACCGGCGCUAAUCUGGUGGUCGACGGUGGACUGGUCUACAAUAUCGGUGGACUUAACACACAAAAAAUGAAUUAUUAA